AUGGCCAAGAAAAUACGCAGAGUGGCUGUUAUCGGCGCCGGUCCGGCGGGCGCGAUUGCUACGGAUGCCCUGGUGAAGGAGCAGGCCUUCGAUGUUGUCCGCGUUUUUGAGCGACGUGAUCUCGCUGGAGGAACUUGGGUUUACACCCCUGAGCUUCCGCCCCGAAUCCCUUCCCUUCGCGAUCUCGUCGAGCAACGCGCCAAUCCCCCUGUCGACCUCCCCAAGACCUUUCCCACAUGGACUCCGAAGACCGAGAAGAUCAACUCGCACCAGCUGCGUUAUGCGGAUAGCGGCGUACACGAAGCCCUCCACAGCAAUAUUACGCCCGAGAUCAUGGCCUUCACGCAAGAGCCCAUCCCCAAGAUACUCUCGGAGCGCACGAUUGCCCAGUAUGGGCCCGGCGCGCCUUUCAGACACCGAGAGCUCAUUCGAGAAUGGGUUGAGGCAAUCUUCACCCGUGGCGGCCAUGAUAAGCUGGUCGAGUUCAGCACCACGGUCGAGCUGGCGGAGAAGAAAGGCGACGAGUGGGUCUUGACGCUCAGGAAAGUAGUCCCAGGCAAGUCAAAAGACUACUGGUGGCAAGAAACUUUCGGUGCGAUAGUUGUCGGGUCUGGUCAUUUCUACCUGCCUUACAUCCCUGACAUCUCAGGCCUCAUCAAGUACGAUGAGAAGUUCCCAGGGCGCGUAAAACACAGCAAACACUUUCGAAGUCCCGAGGAGUUCAGGGGCAAGGUGACUGGUGGCUUCACCUUCCGUGUAUUUGAGUGGCAAGCAGUAGCGGCUGCUCGCGUAUUUGCGGGACGCGGGCAACUUCUGUCAACAACGGAGAUGGAAAGGUGGGAACAGAAUCGUCUGGCCAAGCGAGGAGACGGCGUGCCCUUCUUUACCCUUUCUCCAGACUUUGAGGAGUACUUUGAGACGUUGCGCGCCAUUGCCGGUGAGCCUGCGCCUGGCUCAACGGGACGAAUACUGCCCAAGUUUGACUCGAAAUGGCUGGAGGCAUUCGCCGACGUCAUCAAUGCCCGAGUAGACUGGUGGAAGAAGGAGACGGAAAAGGCAGAGAAACAGCAGAAGGCGCUGUACAAAUCUAAGCUAUAA